AUGUGUUGGAAAUACUGGAAAGGCCCACUGGAACCGAAAGAAUGUCGUUUUGAUCUAGAUGAGAAAAAUGUGCAUCCGAUAAACUUUACGGAUCCAGACACGGGAGAGAUCACCUUGAAGUGUUUAGAUGGUCUCGUUAACCACUUUAAUGUGACCAUACUCGAAGCUGUGAGAUGCAACAUGGACAUAAAGUUUAUUGGAUCUGGUCCUGCUGCGAAAGCAAUACUGUAUUAUAUCACUGACUACAUAACAAAAUCUCAAUUGAAGACUCACGUUGCAUUGGCUGCUAUGGAAACUGCAAUACACAAACUAGAGGAAUACAAUCCAAACGACGAAGAGUGCACAGUACGAGCUAAGAGAAUGCUUCAAAAAUGUGCGCAUUCAAUGAUUUCUCAUCAAGAACUGUCUGCUCAACAAGUUUGUUCGUACCUGAUGGAUUUUGAGGAUCAUUUCACAAGCCACGAGUACCGCAAUCUAUAUUGGACAAAUUUCGAGUCCUUUAUAGAAGAAUGCAAUCCGAGUCCCGAAUGCAAUCAACCAUCAGAUACUAUGAAAGACACUGACAGCGAUGAAAACAAUACAGAAAAAAAUUUGGAUGCAGCUGAUGAGGACUUGGACCAGCAGCAAAAACCUGUCGAAGGAUCUUUGGCCGACGAUGAGAUCUAUGUUGAACAACUCCAGAAUGAUGAGAUUCGAAUCGACAGCGAUAACUUUGGGAAUCUCGUACCGAAAGCCGCUCAAGUUAUGGACUACCUUCACAGGGACAAGAAGUUUAAUAACAUAUGUGUGUGGGAUUUCGUAGCUCAAGUAGACAAGGUGAAAAUCAACAGGAAAAAUAAGAAAUCACAGGCUGAUGACGUGGACAGUGAUGAUGACGACGAUAGGGAUGAUAUUGACCGUUCAAGGAGUGAAGGUGAUCUAGAAGAAAGCAUGAAUGACAAUGAGCUCAAUAAAAAUAUAGAUAUCGAGGAAUCACCAAUGACACCUGCCAAAACACAUCAACCCUUGCUGAAAGAAGACAUCCUUCAAUCCCAUUCGAAAACAUGGCCUUUUGGAGAGUUACAAGCUGGACAUUAUGAAUUGCGAACUCAUUUUUGCGAGUAA